AUGGGUAGCCAGAGAGCAAGUAGCUUGAAUACAGCCCUACAGGAUGGGCAGGGUCGAAUGCGUCCGCAAAAAGGCGGCAAAGGGCUUCCAACUCAAGCUGCCGCACGCAGCAGCAGCAGCAGCAGCAACAGUACAGCGAUCAGCAGCAGUAGCAGCAGCAGCAGUAGCAGCAGCAGGCAGCCCCCACUGGGGAGAAGGGCGCGACGCAGCUCUUACGACCCUCCCCUCUCCGCGGAGUUUGCUGCAGAAGAGCGGAAGGAACGGAUGGUGCGUUCAUCUGAUGUAACAGGCGGAUGGGUGCCUGCGUGGACUCCCUUUAGACCUCCCAGCAAGCCGUCAGCAGAGAAUCCAGGGGGUGACCCCUCAGUGGCUGCCCCUUCUGUGGGAUACUCUGUGCCCUACAAAUUUCGUGUGGAAGACAACUGCAUUGCUGAGGAGAAACGGGCGCAGAGGCUGCAUCCCCUCAAUCGCCCCUCAAGCUCCUUCUUGAACUACACAGACUUCUCUGGAAAUCGACUGCCCAUUUUGGAUACUUCUGAGAACCGGAGAUACUGGCGGGACGUGGGCCUGGACAGGCUACUGCCACGAGUCUUCCCCCUCCGCCUUCCAGCUCACCGCCGUAUCGAUCCUCUACUUAGAGAAUUCAUUUUCUCGCUCUCACAAAUGGACCCUAAGAGGUUCAAUGUUAAAGCCCUCGCCAUCCGAUAUGGCCUGCGGGAGGCAACGGUCGAGAAGAUCAUUCGUGAAUUCAGCUUAGCUGAAUUUCUCAGAAAGAACAGCCUGGCGACGCCGUCCACGCGGCGUGUGAGUAGGGCCGAAGCAGUGCUAACAAUGAAGGAGAUCGUUUUUAAGCAGAAGCUGGGCUAUGAACAAAUGGGCACUGAAGAAAUUGACUCUCAAGAAGAAAACAAGUUCGAAGGAUGGAAGAGUACAUUUGACUGGGUGAUGCGGCAGCACAUUGAAGUGGAGUCUAUGUCUGCUUUUCCUUUACCAGCUAAGAGAGACCCGGUACCGAAAAGAGUAGACGUGGAUCUGAUCGUGCAGAAUUCCGCUAAUCUGAAGGUCAUUAGCUGGAUAGACCCUAACGAGAAGGUGGUAUUUUAG